AUGGCGGCGACAACUCGGCGCGCUGCUAGCGUUGAGGACUUUCACAGCGGCAGCGGCGGCGGCGGUGGCGGCGGAGGCAGGAACUUGUACCAAGUCGUACGCGAUAUAAAGCGCGCCGAGUCCACCGUGUACAACGCGCUGCGCUCGAUCCUUUUAGACGCGUCGUUCGUGCGCGAGAUCCACGCCCUCUGGCCGUCGUUACCGUUGCUGGCGAACCUGCGCUGCGGGCUGUGGUACGCGCCGCCCUAUGAGGUGGCUGCCACGUGUUACUUCAAGUCGACGGAUGGACACACGGGGAACUGGGAUUUCAGCGCGACGCGGAUGAACCUCCACGUGGCAGACAUGGCAGGUCUAACCCCUCUUGUUCCUCCAAUCAUCUCUCCGCUUUCGCAGUCCCCGAACUCCCCGUCUCUUCCUUCCACCCCACCUUUCCCCCCGCACUCUCGUCACACCAGUCCUUCGACCUCUUUCCCCCUCAAGCCCCCCCUCCCCCUUCCCCCCGUUUCCCCCGCUCUCCCCUUCCCUCCCUCCCCGUCCUCCGUCCCCCUCUUCUCCCCCAACCCUUCCCCUCUCCUCCUCUGCUCCCCCUUCCCCCCUUCAUUUUCUAUAUCCCGAACGGCAGCGCGCAGCGGCGGCGCGAUGAUAGUGGACGCGACGCGGCGGGGAAAGGUGUUUCCCGACAGCCUGUCCAAGACCAUCCCCAUCUGGGCGUGCGUCGUUAACCGCGCCGUGCAGCGCGUGCGCGCGCAGGGGAGAGCGCGGGAGGAGGGGGGAGAGCGGGGGAGGAGGGAUGAGAGGAGGGAGCAUGGGGAGAAUGGGGAAGCUAGAAGCUGCGGGGAGGGCAGGACGGAUGAUACAGUCAGGGCGCAGAAGGGGAGCAGGGCGCAUGGGGAGGCAAGAGAUCAGAGCAAGCACUGGGAGCAGAACAACAACGAGCUGAAUCAUGUCAAGUCCGACUCACCACCACCACCACAGCCGCCACAACAACAGCAGCAGCAGCAGCAGCAGCAGCAGCAGCAGCAACGCGCACAUGGGGGAGGAAACACCGCUGCGGCCUCACCUGAGUCAUUGUCACCCUCACCCCCGUGUGAGUCAACCCCAGCAUGGGACGAGGCAUUGCACCUGCCGCGGUGGGUGUCGAGCACAGAGCAGGCGAGCAUAGAGCAGCGCCUGGAUGCUUGGGUGGAUCGGCUGGUGCUCAUGGCUCCCCCUGCUGCCCUGCAUAGACUGGCUUUUGGGGAGACACAGGGCGAAGAGGGAGAGGAGGGGGAGGAGAGAGGGGAGAGGGAGGAGGGGCGGGAUGGGGAUGGAGGAGAGGGGGGAGAGGAGGGAGGGGAUUGGGAGAAGGGAGAUGGGAUUUGGGAAGGGCGAGAGGCGACAGGAGGAGCAGUAGAAAGGGAAGAGAUAGGAACGAUGGGGCGACUUGGGAGAGUGGGGCGGGUGAGGAGGAGCACGAGGAGUGGGGAGAAAGCGGAAAGGGAUGGCGAGGAGGAGGGCGGAGAGGAGGUGGUGGGGAGAGUUGAUAGUUUUGUCAGUGACAAUGACAAGGACAGCAGCAGAGACAGUGAGAGCGAUGAAGAGAUGGACGAGGAGAGCUCAUGGUAUGACGAGCCGUGGACGUAUAUUCAAGGGGCGGGUGACGAUGAGGAGAGCUGGGCAAGGGGGUUGACUCCGCAGUUGUUCUGGGGGAACUGCAGGGAGGUGCUUGGGGUAGGGGCGCGCGCGUGCAAUGCUGCUGUUGCUGGCGUGGUGGAGAGGGAGAGGGUGAGAAGGCAGAGGAGAGGGGAGCAUGCUCCGCAGGUGAGAGUGAGAGAGAGAGGAGGAAGGGAGAGGGGGAGGAGGGAGGGGGACGAGACGGGGAGAGGAGGGGGGGAAUGUGGGGGAGGAGGUGCAGCGGAACGGAUGCAGGGGGUAGGAAGGGAGGAAGUUGGCAGGGGGGAGGUGCGACGGGGGGAGGUAGACAGGGAAGGGGGAGUCAGUGGUUGCAGUGUGGGGCCAAGUUCAAAUGACGACGAGAACUCGGUAUUGAAGAGAAGUAGCAGUAAGUUAGGAACACAGGUGGGAGGACAAGGGAACGAGCAGGAGCAACAGCAGCAGCAGCAGCAGCAGCAGCAGCAGCAGCAGCAGCAGGGGGCGGAUGAGCAAAGAGGCAGCAUGGGUUCAGAUGGUGGGAAUGGCGUGCACUGGAUUGCUCAUCUGCCCAUGGCUGUGGCCGCUGCAGCACAAGUCCCGUCGUCCUUCCCGCGUUCCCUCUUGCCUCUCGCGGUGAUAGCAUGCGGAGUGGACCUCCCACCCGGGCUGCGAGCGCUGCUGGACAGCCAGACGCGGACCCACGGUGCAGCGUCUGGAGAAGGGGUUGAGAGAGAGAUAGGCAAGGGGAAUGUGGAGGAGAGUGGGGAGCAGAGUGUGAAGGAAGGCGGUUCAGAGCUGAUACUGAAGAAGAAGCAGCAGCAGCAGCAGCAGCAGCAGCAGCAGCAGCAGCAGCAGCAGAAGCAGCAGCAGCAGCAGCAGCAGCAGGAGGGUGGUGGUGAAGGCGUCUAUGAGGAGCAAUUUCACAUCUCCCUACCUCUCAAGUCAUCCAAGUACGACCGUCUCUGCAUAGCGCGCCACAUACCGGCGGCACUGGCCUUCGCUUGCAAGCACCUGCUACUCCGCCACCGCCUCUUGCUCAUCUGCCCCGACGGUACGCACUCCCCUCCCCCUCUCUUUCUGCAGUCUUCAUUCAGGGGUGUUCUGCCCUCCGCGCGCCACAUACCGGCGGCACUGGCCUUCGCUCGCAAGCACCUGCUACUCCGCCACCGCCUGCUGCUCAUUUGCCCCGACGGUACGCACUCCCUCCCUCUCUGUUUCUGCAGUCUUUUCCGGGAACACUCCGACUGUGAUGGCUUGUGCUUUGUGGGCUGUGUGAAAACGGUAUACCGCUCGUCUGCCCUGGCGUUAUGCCACCCCUCUCUACCGCUCGUCUGCCCUGGCGUUAUGCCACCCCUCUCUACCGCUCGUCUGCCCUGGCGUUAUGCCAUCCCUCUCUACCGCUCGUCUGCCCUGGCGUUAUGCCAUCCCUCUCUACCGCUCGUCUGCCCUGGCGUUAUGCCAUCCCUCUCUGCCGUGCAGCUGUUCAGCUAUUCAGGGGUGUUCCUCCCUCCCUCCCUCCCUCGAAUGACGGUGAUUCUAGAUGUUCCUGAAACUUCACCUUUUCUUCACCACCGUUUUGAUCUCUUCUUUUCCUUCACCACCCUUUGCAUUGGCAUUGGCAUGGCAUGUGCAGCACCACACAACAAUACUACGUUCUCGUCUCUCCCGUCUCCCUACUCGCGCACAGCGGCAGCACCGCCAGCAGCAGCAGCAGCAGCAGCAGCAGCAGCAUCAGGGUCUGCCAGCGGCCAGGCGUAUGCUGCACCUCCACUCUUCCCUAUGACCAAGGACGGGCUCAAGGCAUGCCUGGCGUUCCUCUGCUCGCAUGUCUCAGCCGCCAUGCCAUCCCGGGGCAACUUGAAGCAGGUGCUGCAGGCGCUGCUCCCCUCAGCUCCUCCUCAUAGCAGGACAGAGCAGGAGGAUUAG